AUGAUGUCCAUGAACAGCAAGCAGCCUCACUUUGCCAUGCAUCCCACCCUCCCUGAGCACAAGUACCCGUCGCUGCACUCCAGCUCCGAGGCCAUCCGGCGGGCCUGCCUGCCCACGCCGCCGCUGCAGAGCAACCUCUUCGCCAGCCUGGACGAGACGCUUCUGGCGCGGGCCGAGGCGCUGGCGGCCGUGGACAUCGCCGUGUCCCAGGGCAAGAGCCACCCUUUCAAGCCGGACGCCACGUACCACACGAUGAACAGCGUGCCCUGCACGUCCACGUCCACCGUGCCGCUAGCGCACCACCACCACCACCACCACCACCACCAGGCGCUCGAGCCCGGCGACCUGCUGGACCACAUCUCCUCGCCGUCGCUCGCGCUCAUGGCCGGCGCUGGCGGCGCGGGCGCGGCGGGGGCCGGCGGCGGCGCCCACGACGGCCCGGGGGGCGGCGGCGGCCCGGGCGGCGGCGGCGGCCCCGGCGGCGGCGGCCCGGGGGGCGGUGGCGGCGGCGGCGGCGGCCCCGGGGGCGGCGGCGGCGGCCCGGGCGGCGGGCUGCUGGGCGGCUCGGCGCACCCUCACCCGCACAUGCACGGCCUGGGCCACCUGUCGCACCCGGCGGCGGCGGCCGCCAUGAACAUGCCGUCCGGGCUGCCGCACCCCGGCUUGGUGGCGGCCGCGGCGCACCACGGCGCGGCGGCAGCGGCGGCGGCGGCGGCGGCAGGGCAGGUGGCGGCCGCGUCGGCGGCGGCGGCCGUGGUGGGCGCGGCGGGCCUGGCGUCCAUCUGCGACUCGGACACGGACCCGCGCGAGCUCGAGGCGUUCGCCGAGCGCUUCAAGCAGCGGCGCAUCAAGCUGGGCGUGACGCAGGCCGACGUGGGCUCGGCGCUGGCCAACCUCAAGAUCCCGGGCGUGGGCUCGCUCAGCCAGAGCACCAUCUGCAGGUUCGAGUCGCUCACGCUCUCGCACAACAACAUGAUCGCGCUUAAGCCCAUCCUGCAGGCGUGGCUCGAGGAGGCCGAGGGCGCGCAGCGGGAGAAAAUGAACAAGCCCGAGCUCUUCAACGGCGGCGAGAAGAAGCGCAAGCGGACUUCUAUCGCCGCGCCCGAGAAGCGCUCCCUCGAGGCCUACUUCGCAGUUCAGCCCCGGCCCUCGUCGGAGAAGAUCGCCGCCAUCGCCGAGAAACUGGACCUCAAAAAGAACGUGGUGCGGGUGUGGUUUUGCAACCAGAGACAGAAGCAGAAGCGGAUGAAAUUCUCUGCCACUUACUGA